ACAAAUUAUAGGUGGCUGACUUUUCGUCAUUAGAUAUUAUGCUCUGAAACACAUGUGUAAAUAUUUAUCGCGGGACAACAACAUUCGAUUUAUUUAGAAAAGGUAUAAAACAUCUAAAAACGUAGCAAAAAUGUUAGUCUACCAACAAACCAGCGAUGAAGACGCAGGUUUUAUUUAUUGUUCUGUUUUUGGCACUGGUGGCGAUUUUGCCCGCCAACGCCGCAAGUUCCACAACUACUGAAGCCUCCGAAACCACGGCAGAAUCUCCAGCUGAUCCACAAUGGUCUUGGACGGAAUUUAUGCGGUUUUUCAACAGCAGCGGAAGUGGAAACAAAUUCUACUUCUUCUUCUAGACCAAUUUGUACAAUUCUGAAAUUUAUUUUCUGCCAAUAAAAUGAAAGCACCUCAAUUUAAA